UCAAAACCCACCACCGACUCUCCUAGACUAUUCCUUUGCUGCUGCUUCAUUUCUUCUGUCUCUAGUUCUUCGCUGUCAAAACCCGACAAGAAUGAUCCGUCCACCACCUUCCACCACCCGCGCACCUACUAUCUCCACCAACACAAGCCAUCCAGACCAUAAAAAUUCAAACCCUCAAAGCAACACCAAUAAAAUUCAACUCAGCAUUGAUUCAAACAUGGCAAAUGUGACAUCGUCUUCUUCGGCGGCAGUAAUGGUCGAUGGGUUGGAAGCAGACUCAGUUUUGUCCAGGUCCGAGUUCUUGACUCGGGAAGAAGUCCUGAAACGCCGGUCUCGCCGAGUCAAACAGCUUGCCAAGAUCUACAGAGACCAGUACUGGGCUCUAAUGGAAGAGCUCAAGCUCAAGUACAGAGAAUAUUAUUGGCAGUACGGUAAAAGUCCCUUUCAGGAGGACGAGGACAGAGAGAACAACAAGAAUUGCACACAAGGAACGGCAGAGAAUGGCAAUAACAGCAAUAAUAACGAGUAUGCUGUGAAUCAGUGUGGGGUCCAUGGGUGUAAGGCCAAGGCCAUGGCUUUGACCAAGUUCUGUCACAUGCACAUACUUUCGGAUGCCAAGCAAAAGCUUUACAAGGCUUGCAAUUACACAAUCAAGAGUUCACCAACAGGGCCGAUACUUUGCGGAAAGCCAAUAUUGAGAUCCACCAUUCCUUCCCUUUGUGCUCCUCAUUUUCAGAAAGCUGAAAAACAUGUCGCUCGGGCUCUUAAGAAGGCAGGUCUCAAUGCCACUUCUACAAGUAAGCUUUCGCCCAAGUUCCAUCUCAUUGUUGCGGAAUACGUCCACCAAAUCCAAGCUAAAAGAAGAGCUGCACAGAAGGCAACUAUAGAGAACUUUGAAUCCAAGGAGGACAACAGUCUUAAGGUUGUGUAGUAUUUGUAAAGGUUCUCUUUUGUAUGACUCUUGACCAGUUGGUGCCAACAGAUGGGUAAAUAGUUGAAUGAAUGAUAGCUCUGAUUAACUGGAGCAAAACAAAGAUUUGGAUGGCAUUGGGACUAGUGCAUUGAAAGUUGAAAUUUUGCAUAUGAAAGGUACCAUACACUAUCUCGAUGCCUCAGUAAUUGCUUUGAAAAAUUUUUUCUUUUCUUUUUUCUUUUUCAUUUUUGGAUUGAGCUUCAUAUGAUGCUUUUUGUUGCCAGG